GUACGCUUAUCAAUUUUUCAAACCUGCAAUUCUGUAGAACCCUGCCCAUUCCCUAGACCCUUUAAGGCUUUAACUACUCCAUAAUAUAUAAAGCUAGCUAUUUUUGAGGAACCACUAGAAUCAGCACGACAAUUUCUUUCUUUCUUUCUUUCUUAUACACUCAAAUUGUGUGUAGAAUUAAAGAUUGUAUUGAAGUUUGAAUGGAGAAUCAGUUGGGUCUUCUGAGAAUCCGUAUAAUCAGAGGCAUAAAUUUGGCCAUUAGAGAUUUAAGAAGCAGUGAUCCUUAUGUUGUUGUUAAGAUGGGCAAGCAGAAAUUGAAGACUCGAGUGGUGAAGAAAAAUGUAAAUCCCGAAUGGAAUGAAGACUUAACGCUGUGUAUUUCUGAACCUAUUCUCCCAAUCAAGCUGCAAGUUUAUGACAAGGAUACAUUUUCUCGUGAUGAUAAGAUGGGCGAUGCAGAACUUGACAUUGUACCACUUAUAGAUGUAGUAAUUACAACGCGCUGUAAGAACAUUCCUAAUGGAACUACAAUUACAAAAAUAACGCCAAGCAGGCAGAAUUGUUAUUCUGAAGGAAGCUGUAUUGUCUAUGAAAAUGGAAAGGUUGUCCAAAAUGUGUUUCUUAGGUUGCGAAAUGUCGAAUGUGGUGAAAUAGAACUCCGGUUGCAAUGGAUAGACAUUCCUGGUUCCAAGGAUCUAUAGCUAAUUCUAUUCC